UUUCUGUUACUGAGCACAGCAGAACCAACCACUGGGCAGGUUUUCUGGGAACACAACACAGGCAGCACAGCACCAUAGUAUUCUGUGCAAAGAGUCAGUCAAUUUCAAUACACGCUAAUUGGAAAACAGGACAAUUUCAUGAAUUAAAAAAAACCCCACCGGACGCCCCGGACAGGAUGUAAAAAGUGGACAUGUCUGGGCAAAAGAGGAUGUUUGGCCACCUUAUCUUUACUACUAUCUAAAGGAUAUUGGACUUGGCGAUCAAAUGGUUCUUAAUGAAUAGAUUGCUUAAGAAUUGUUCAGUUUCAGUUGUUGGAAGCUACUUCUGUAACCUGCUCGCUGACCUGACCUUGCAAAAAAGCCCGUGUGUAUUUUGGCAGGUGUCAGUGGCCUGCCGUGUCAGAUAAGAAGCAUGUUUCUUUGAGUGCGCCACGUUGUCAGAACAGAGAGAAGCCUGGUUGAAAAUGUCGGGACUUAACGCCUCUCUCGGCUACUUUCUGUCAUGUGUGGCUCUAGCUGCAAUGCUGCAGGCGCCACUCAAAAAGUGGCCACGGUUGGCCUUCCUGUCUGAGCUGGCGUCGUCCUUCGCGCUGGUGGCAUGCCGGCUGGAGGUGCAAACCAUUGUGGAGGUUGGCGAGUGGGCCGGGGGUUUGGGCCCGGAUGUGACUCUGACCAUUUUGUUGUCGGUGCUGCUGGUCCACGGUGCCGUCUGCGGCGACCUUACAGGGAACCCCUGCUUGAGCGUCAUGAGGUUCCUCCAGCUUGACGCUGCAGCGCUGGCCACAGUCCUGGCCGUGGUCUGCCACUUCCUUGGGGCGCAUUUGGCCAUAGUGGCAGCAGAGUACUACUGGAGCUUGGAGCUGACAGAUAUGCACAUGAUCAAGAACCUGAUGGCCAGGGAGUGCAGCACGUCGCUGCUGGUGUCACCCUUGCAGGGCUUCUUCACCGAGGGGGUGUGUGCUUUCCUAUUUCACCUGGUGCACCUAGUCCUCAGACGGAGGACGGCGUUUAUACGGGUGCCGCUUGGAGCCCUGCUGCUCACCUUCCUCUCACACACGGCCAAAAGUCACACGUCAGCUUUCGUGAAUCCGUCGCUAGCUUACGGGCUUACGUUCAACUGUACUGGAUUCACCUUCAGCGAGUAUGCUGUGGUCUACUGGCUGGCCCCCAUCACAGGGAUGAUGGUCGCCCUCCUCUUAUACAUGGGUCACAUCCCGAGGAUCUUUGCCAAGAACCUGCUCUAUUUUCACAAGACGCGAUUGCGGGUGCGCAAAGGAGAAAAAGAAAAGAAGAAAUGAACCACAUUUGCUAUUUAAUUUCAUAGAGGAGCAAUGCCAAUUUUUUUUGCAGGUUUUCGAGAAAAUAAAAUACAAAAAUUGAAAAGCAGAAUGAAAAUGUACUUAUGUCUGGCAGGGAUACAGAAAUCUUGCACACGAAAAAAAAAACUUUCUAAAAGGUCAGAAUUGACAUUACUAGUGAUGCACGAUAAUGCAUUUUUCAACCGAUAUUGAUAACCGAUAAUUUCCUGCCCCUUCCACCCGAUAACCGAUAAUGUCA